UCUGGUGUUUGGUUUAAAAGAAAACAAAAAAGAAAACGAAAAUCAUUUUCACUGCAGAAAAACAGACACAUAAUUUUUCGUUCCCCAUUUCUCUCCGCUGCCCUUGUGAAAACGAGGGAGAGUGACGGAAAAAAUCCCCCGACGCGAUCGCGACGAUCCUGAUCUCUCCUCGUCGCCAAACUCGAGUCCCCUCUCUCUCUCUCGGAAAAAAUCCCCCGACGCGAUCGCGGCGAUCCCGAUCUCUCCCCCCAAAUUAUCAUCCUCGGCUCCCGCCUCCCGCCUCCCGCUGUUGAGCCGACGCCGACGCAUCCUCGGCUCCCACCUCCCGCCUCCCGCUGUCGAGCCGACGCCGACGCCGAGAUAAGGUAAGGUUGUCUUUGGUGAUAUCUUUGAUCUUUUCGGAACCGCUCCAGAUUCUACUGCAGGUUUCUCUUGGAUCUCUCUGUCAACAUGAAUACAAAUUCAUCCGAGGCCGUUCAUAUGGAUUCACAACUUGGAAGUCAAUCAAGUUCAAAGAAAAAUAUUGUAUGGACAGAGAAGAUGGAUAUUUGCUUAACUGAAACAUUGAGAGAACAAGUGCACAAAGGGCAAAAGCCCGAUCGAAGUUUCUCAUAUCAUGCUUAUCAAGCAACAUGUGCAGAGUUAUAUGCUAAAUGUGGAAUAAAGGUUGAAGUGGAUCAUAUUAAAAACCGAUUGAAGACACUUAAAAAAGAUAUGGGCGCAUUUCAAGACAUGCAGAAUUCUUCUAGUGGAUUUGCAUUUAAUCGAGUGACAAGGAUGAUGGAUGCGGAGCCAAAAGUUUGGGAAGAUUACAUAAAGGGGAUGAAGGAUGCGAGAUUGAUGUUUUGAUGGGCUCACUAAAGUCAAAAACCAAGGACUUCGGCAUAUUUUUCUCUCUCUUUGGUUAAGAUUCUCUAUAUAUGAAAUUGAUUGUAAUAGAUUUUGUUGGUUAAGAUUUUUUUUAUGAAAUUGAUUGUAAUAGACUUUGUGACUAGAAAUGGAUUAUACUUUAUAUUAGGAAUAUCAUGACAUUUACUUUUGAUUUGUUUUGGUUCUUUCA